AUCAGCUGGAGACAAGAUGGCGGGUAGGGGUUUGAAGCCUGGCUCUGGAGUCAGUGCGCAGCCUGAGCGACAUUGCGUCCUCGAUGACGGUGGCUCCACUCACUGGUAAAGUACUGCCGCCUGAGCGACUCACAGGGGGAAAAGACAGCGAGAGAAUCGUUUUCUUUAGAGGAGGAGGCUGAGGAAGGAAGGGAAAUUCCCAGGCUGUCAGUCAGAAAAGGAGACCCCGCUUACCGCUGAGUUUUGAGCCUUUGUGACCAAGCGGCUCGCUCGAAUUCGGCCAUGUAUUUCCUGAGCGGCUGGCCCCGGAGGCUGCUAUGUCCCCUCAAGGGCUCGGAGAAGCCGUUUCACAUCCAGCCUGACUCACGGAGACUGGUGUUCGCGCUCCUGUCGCAGUCACAGAUCAGCCUGUGGUACAGCAGGCCCAGUGUUUUAAUUGUUAGCUACAAGGAAUCUGCAAAGGCGGCUUCACAGUUUGGAUCGUACGAAAAGACAGAAUGGAAGCCUGACAGCAGCAUGUUCGCAGUUGCGACUGCAAAUGGAUACAUCUUGCUCUUUGACAUUGUGUGCUCAGAACAAGAGAAAUACCUGUAUGAACCAAUAUAUCCCAAAGGAAAUCCAAGAGUCAAAGUCACUCCAGGUUACAAGGAGGAACAAUGUGCUCCAUCCCUAACUGUGGAGAUGAAGAAAGUGCUCGAUUUCCAAGCAAAAAUCACAAGUUUGCAGUCCAUGCAGGAUGAUUUGGUCAUUGCUACUAAUGAUGGGAUACUUCACCUUAUUCACUGGGAUGGCUUGACAAAUGGAAGGAAAGCCAUUAAUCUUUGUUCAGUCCCAUUUUCUGUAGACCUGCAGUCUUCAAGAGGUCCUUCGUUAGAUUUUGAAUCUGUACAUAUCCAAGAUAUGGAAUAUGGUGCGACCCUUGAUGGUUUUGCCGUGGUUUUUGAUGAUGGCCGGAUCGGUUUCAUUACUCCUGUGUCCAGUAAACUUACAGCUGAGAACCUGCAUGGUGUGUGGGCACAAGAAGUAACCGAUGGCACUUGUGUGGCUAUAAACAACAAGUACAAAUUAAUGGCCUUUGGGUGUGCAAAUGGUUCAGUUUUAGUUUAUACAAUGGACACAACAACAGGAGUUAUGCAGCUGUCCCACAAAUUGGAAUUGACUCCUAAGCAUUACCCUGAUAUUUGGAACAAGACUGGGGCGGUGAAACUAAUCAGAUGGUCACCUGAUUGUAGUGUUGCUAUGGUAACAUGGGCUUGUGGAGGCUUAUCCUUGUGGAGUGUUUUUGGUGCUCAUCUAUUUUGCACACUGGGUGGAGAUUUUGCGCAUUAUUCUGAUGGCACCAAAAAGGAACCUAUGAAAAUCAGCUCUAUGAGUUGGGGUGCUGAAGGCUAUCACCUUUGGACGAUUUCUGGUGAUAGUACUCAAGUGGGAAGUGACCUGGAAAACACAAACAAAGUACAACAAGCAGAAAUUCUGCAAUUCCAAUUCAUCAAAAGUGCUUUAACAGUCAAUCCCUGCAUGAAUAACCAAGAACAAGUACUUCUCCAAGGAGACGACCGACUAUAUUUGAACUGUGGUGACGCGUUGCAAAAUCAAAAUUCAAGUACCGCAGCAGCAAAUUCAGGCCAUCAGCCAGUCAGGGAAAAGAAUCCUCUGUAUAAUGAUAUUCUAGUUCCUCAGGGUUUAAGCACUUUAUUAGGACACAGGCACUGGCAUGUUGUACAGAUCCAUAGUACCUAUCUAGAAAGUAACUGGCCAAUAAAGUUUGCGGCAAUAGACCAGCUGGGUCAGUGUGUUGCAGUAGCAGGCAGAUAUGGAAUUGCACACUAUGCUUUGUUUACGAGGAAAUGGAAGCUUUUUGGAAAUAUUACCCAGGAACAGAAUAUGGCUGUGACUGGUGGUCUUGCGUGGUGGAAUGACUUUAUUAUUUUGGCAUGUUAUAAUUUGAUCGACCAACAGGAUGAGCUACGACUUUAUCUCCGGUCAUCCAACCUAGACAAUGUUUUUGCACAUAUUACCAAAGUGCAAUCAGAGGCUUUGCUCAUAAAUGUCUUCAAGGAUAUGGUGAUAUUGUUCAGAGUGGACUGCUCUAUUUGCUUAUACAGUAUUGAUCGGAAAGAUGAUGGUCCUAAUCCCACUGCCAGUGUUCAGGUUCUUCAGGAGGUAUCCAUGUCACGUUACAUCCCACAUCCUUCACUCGUGGUAUCAAUAACUUUAACCUCUGUGAGAACAGAGACCGGCAUCACCUUGAAAAUGCCACAGCAGGCCUGUGCUGCAGAGAGCAUUAUGCUCAAUUUAGCAGGUCAGCUUAUCUUACUACAAAGAGAUCGAUCAGGUCCUCAGGUACGAGAGAAGGACAGUGUUUCCAAACAAAAGAAACUGCUCCCAUUCUGUGCUCCAGUGGUGCUUGCCCAGUGUGUUGAAAACGUAUGGACUACCUGCCGAUCUAAUAAACAGAAGCGUCAUUUGCUGGAGGCUCUUUGGCUUAAUUGUGGAGAAGCAGGGAUGAAAGUCUGGCUCCCUCUUUUUCCUAGAGACAAUCGUAAGCCACAUUCCUUUCUGUCCAGACGGAUCAUGUUGCCUUUCCAGAUCAAUAUUUAUCCCCUGGCUGUCUUAUUUGAGGAUGCUUUGGUCCUUGGUGCAGUGAAUGAAACUGUACUGUAUGACAAUUUAUACACACAUAACAAUGAAAAAGAACCUUUGGAAGUCCUAUUUCCUUUCUGUACUGUUGAGAGGACCUCCCAAAUCUACCUCCAUCAUAUUCUUCGCCAGCUCCUGGUCAGAAACCUUGGUGAACAGGCCCUGCUCCUAGCUCAGUCUUGUGCCACAUUACCAUACUUCCCUCAUGUACUGGAACUGAUGCUACAUGAAGUAUUGGAAGAAGAAGCUACCUCUCGGGAACCUAUUCCUGACCCUCUGCUUCCAACUGUAGCAAAAUUCAUCACUGAAUUUCCUCUGUUUCUCCAGACAGUAGUUCACUGUGCUAGAAAGACUGAAUAUGCCUUGUGGAAUUAUUUGUUUGCUGCUGUAGGCAACCCUAAAGAUUUGUUUGAAGAGUGUCUGUUGGCGCAAGACUUGGACACUGCUGCAUCUUAUCUCAUCAUCUUGCAGAACAUGGAGGUCCCUGCGGUCAGUAGACAGCAUGCCACACUGCUUUUCAGCACAGCUCUGGAACAAGGAAAAUGGGAUCUUUGUCGUCAUAUGAUCCGUUUCUUGAAAGCCAUUGGUGCAGGAGAAUUGGAGACCCCUCCACCAACUCCAACCCAUCAGGAACCCAGUUCAACUGGUGGUUUUGAGUUCUUCAAACAUAGAAGCAUCAGUUUUUCACAGUCAUUGGAAGGUCUCAGUGCUAGUAAAUUUAAUCUGCAGAAGACAUUAAGCAUGCCUUCAGGGCCUUCAGCCAAAAGGUGGAGUAAAGAUGUUGACAGCGCUGAGAAUAUGUAUAUAGAUGAGAUGCUUUGGCGUCAUGCACGAAGACUCCUGGAAGAGAUGCGGCUAAAAGAUCUCAGUAGCUUUGCUGCACAACUGGGUUUUGAGCUCAUUGGCUGGCUCAGCAAAGAAAGGACUCGUGCAGCGCGAGUCGAGGAUUUUGUUAAGGCUUUAAAAAGACUGCAUAAUGACUUUCUUUGGCCAUUUCCUGUUAUUCCUUCCAGCUGUUUAGUAAAUUCACCAUUCAAAAAUGGCAAAUAUAAAACCGUUGGAGAACAAUUUCUUAAAUCACAGUCAACUGAGACUUUUGUAACCAGUGAUUUGGAGAGUGGAGUCAUAAAUGCACAUGCUGGUCACAGCUGCCUUAGCCUUAAUACUGCACACACACAAAUAGAUUCUGGCUCUUUGCAAGGACCUCAGACACAAGAUGCAAUUCUGUCACCGUUACUUUCAAAAGGUGAUGAAUGCAGUAUCGGGUCAGCUACAGAUCUUACAGAAACCAGUUCUAUGGUAGAUGGUGAUUGGACUAUGGUGGAUGAAGGUUUUUCUGCACUUAGUCUAACACAGUCUGAAUUGGAAUAUAUAUCAAUGGAGUUGGCCAACAAAGGCCCUCGCAAGUCACAGGUUCAGUUAAGGUAUCUGAUGCACGUUUUUAUGGAAGCUAGCUGUUUGGAGUGGUGUAUAAUUAUAGCCCUUAUUCUUCAAGAUUCUGCUGUGAUCUGUCAGAUAAUUAGUUCAAUCCAACACUCCGAGGUUCCCAAGGAUGUUUUGCAGGGUAUAAAAAGUGGUAUUCUAGCUGUGGAUGGCUGGGCUUUAGCAGAUUGCCCUGGAUACAAGCCAUUUCUGAAUCGUAUAAAGCCCCAGCUGCAGAAAUUGAGUGAGGUUGCAGAGGAGCGGAUUCAGCCCGAAUCUUUCCAGCCUUUGAGCAGGCUGAGCAUAUCAAAGACAGUGGAUCCUCCUAGCCCUUGGACAGAGGACAAUAGAAAUACUGCAAGUCAUAUUAACAGUAGCCAAAACGAUGGCAGUGGGAUUACCAGCAGGCAGGAAGAUGAUGGUCAAGGAGAAGAGGAAGAGGAGCAACUUGAGGAUGAAGGGAGUUACGAGUGUUCUCUGUCAUGAAUUGGUUAUCUUCGGACAGCUCCAUUCCAAACUUUAGAAAUGACAAAUGGAUCACUAGUGCCUUGUGUUAGUGUUGUGCACAUGCCUUACUACGUACUGGAGAAAAAUUUGUCUCGCAUAGAGAUAUAAAACAUCAAUUUUGAUGUUUCAUGCUCCCCAAAAGUAAAAGCAAUAUCUUGGAAUCACUUUUGGAGUUUGCUGACAUGUACAGUCCCAGUCCAGAGAUCACUUCUGUGAAUGUGAUUUUUCAUUCCCUGUGCUCCCAGGUAUUAUUGAGUUUAAGCUGCGAAAUUGUUAGAAAAAUGAUUUCAUGAUCAUGAGGGUGACUUAUGGAAAAAUAUGUUUUUGAAAACUGUGAUGUUUUAUUGCUGCAUCUGUUGGUACGUGACUCCAUUCCACUAAUGCCUUUGCAAGAGGCUUUGUUGUGCUUUUAGUGUGGCUGAAUAAUUCUUCUUUUCUGGCAUGACUGAGGGAGUCUCAAAGUUUCUGUCAGGCCAGAGUAGUGUCCCAAAUUCCAGUUUAUUUGUAGUCAGUCCAGAGAGUUCAAAGAACACAGGCUGCAUAUGACAGAAGUGAAAAGCAAAAUAGAGGCAAUUGGAGGCAUUACUAGUGUCUUGAGGGAUGGAAUGGCUGAGCAUUUGGAAGCAUUGUAAUAUUUUAAACAUCUGAAUAAUUUGACUUUUAAGGAGAUUUGAAAUUUGCAUCUAACUACAAGUUAAUCUGUUAUGAUUUUUCUGUGCUUGUGGUGGCUUAGAAAUUCAUAUAGAACUGAGCCAUAGUGUAAUGCAGAGACCUGGAAAAUACGUUUACCAUGAGUUGUUUUUCUAUUACUCAUUUGACAUUGAGUUUUUAAACAUUCUUACUUCUGUAAGCAUAACUAAAGCCAGUGACUAUUCCAUAGGAAAGUUGUAAAAUACAGAUCACUUGCAAACAUUCAGGAGGAAAGCAUAGAGUUUAAUCUAAAAGAACAUUGUUUAUCUUUAUAAAAUAAGUGUUUAAAAUGUUGUAGUAGUUUGAAAGAGGUAAGUGUUCAUUUUCCAUAUCAGCGGUCUGUGUUUCAUCUGCAGUCCCUGAAUGUUAUCCUGUAUGACUUGAAAUGAGAAAUGAAAUAUUUUUAAAACAUUCUUCACGAUUUUUUGAGAUAAUUAAUUCCCACUUCAUUUGGAUUGAAAGCAUCACCACAGGCUUUGACUACUAAGGCGUAUGCUAUGAGUACCUGUAUACUCUAUCCACUGGGUUGAUCUUAAGCUGUUAAUAAGGUUGUCAGAGACAUAACAAGGGUCCAUACAGCCUCUUGGAUUGCAUUCCCUGGAAUUAAGAUGCUGUUAGAUCCAAGAAUUGGUGCUUACUGUGACAGAGUUGUAAAGAAGGAAUGAGCUGCCAUUAAAGCCACAUCUAUCCCAACAACUUUCUAUGGUUUCUUCCUGUUGGUCCUUGGGAGGAUAAGUAAAUUGUGCUUUCCACAACUUUAUUUAUGAGAAACAAACUCCCGGUACCUACAGUCCCCCUAACAAAGGUUCAACCUUGCACUUGUCCAUAGUCCAGUUGAUGAUCCUCCUGCAUGUGGAUAGGAGAGAGAUGAGCAGAGUCCGUUUGAGGUUCGCCUGAUUCCAGGGUGAAGCACCCUAGUUAUGUUUGUUCAGAACCAGAUUGGCACUGGAUUCAAUAAUCCAGUAGCUGAUCUAAGUGCGUCUUGCUUGUCAAUAAUGCUUGCUUGGGCUGUACCAUUUUUGACCUACAAUACUACACGUGCUUCAGGGUCUUAACCAAUGGCUGUUCUGAGGCUGUUUGGACUUGAAAAGUGCGAUGUUCCUGUACAGAUUAAAAAUAUGCACUCCACACUAAGCAAACAAAUUUCACCAUUAGGAAACUUCUAAACAUGGUGUGUUUCCAUAUGGAUGAAACCGUCAUCUAGCCAAAAUCAAAGUCAAAACAAAAUCUUUUGUACAAUAGGUAAUAGUUUUCUAAAAUAGCCUUCCUUGGGUCUUUGAGUUGGCCACUGGUAGCAAGGGCAUAUACAAAUCAUGCAUUCUUAAUGCUUAUUAUCUUGGUUCCCCAAUUACUGAAUAUUUCAUUCUCCGAUUGCUUGUCUUCAGAAAAACUAAUCACUGUUUAUGUAUGGUGUAAGGCAGCUGCACAACAUUUGCAGAAGACUCUUGUGUUCAAGUUAAUUUUAACACCUGCGUUGGUGCUUUAGGAAUUUUCGUAUUGACCUUUUUUUUUCUAAACAAAAAGUGUAUUUCCAAUUCAGUGUAAUGUGUAAUCAUUAACUUCACUGCUCUUGUGGAAGCUGUUUAUAUUGUACAGUGUUCAGGCAGAACUCCUUGUUUAUGCAUGUGUUGCAUGAGUUCACAGUAGCUGUCACACAUUAGAAACUGUGAUUUUGAUUGAAUCUGAAUUUGGUACCUUGUAAGAUCUUGUGUGAUUUGAUUGUAAAAUAAACACCAUUGCUUUGUAGAGAGGGCUGGAAAUGACCCUUCUUAUGAAAAUUAUGCAUUACCAGUCAGAUUAUUUUAACAGGUUUGAAUUUAGAAAUGCUUUUAUUUAUUCCUUUUCAAGAAAGAACUUGAGCUUUUGUUCUAAAUGCAAACGGUAUUUUUUAAUGUAAAUAUAAUAAAGCUAAAAUCAUGUUUAUACUUGCUAGUUAAGACCUAGCAAGAUGUACAUUAAAUAUGAAUGGCAACAAGCAGCAUUUUAAUAGCUUUUAAUAAAAGCUGGUCAUAACUAAAGCUUGAUUAAGAAUUUGAUCCAUUUUCCAGGGAACAGACUCGCACACUGAUUAAUUUCCUACUCUGAGUUUGAACAGAGUGCUGCAGUGUAUGAUCUCAUGUAGUGUACUGUCUUUGUAGCUGUUUCCUUGCAUUUUAAUUCAGUUAUAAUUAAAAGUACCUGAAGCAGUAUUAAAAGACAAAGAUAGCAUACGUUUGUUACAGUGCAAUUUGAACAAAAAAUGCAAAAGUUGCUUAUUUUAUACAACAGAAAAUUGAGUAGUCUAUUUUUAUAGCUAAGCUGAAUUUAAUUGAAUUUUUAAUGUGGACCAAGUUAGUAAGCUCGCCCUCAAACAGUAAUUAGUAUACUAAUUGUAACUAUUGAACACAAGCGUCCUGUAUGCCUAUAUUCACAAGUCAAAAGAAAAUUAUUUGAAGGGUAAUAUCUUCUUUUAAAAGAGUUUUUUAAAGAGCUUUAUUUUGUUUAAUGUGAUCCCAGUUAUUAGAAUGCACAGAGUUGAGACUGAAUUCAUGUUGUACAUAGCAGCUCACUCUCUAUUGCAGUAUGGAUAUUAAACCGUGUGCAUUGACUGGUGAUUGAACCCAAGAAUUAGCUAGGCAAACUGAAGCCAGAUCCUUAUCUAAAUUUGAAGUGGAUUGGAUGUGAUUAGUACACACUACAUUGUUAAUUAUACUUUGGACUAUCUUGCCUGUUUUCUGAGCAUUUUAUGCACAGUAAUACCUUGAUAUGUAAUUGUAGCAUUGUUUAAAAUUGCUUACAUUUUAAAGUAAUUUUUUGUAUUCUUUCCACUAAUGUACUCAAUAUUCAGUGUAAAGAAUAUAUAUUUACACAAUUAGUUAACAUGACCACAAAAUAACUGCGUUAAUGUCUAACAAUACCACAAAUCUAAUUGGCAGCAAUCCAAAGAAUUCUUUUAUAUUGAAACAGUAGUACCAGUGUUAAGAAAUUUUCACCAAAGUUCUAAAUGUUACAAAUGUAAUCUGAAGCAAUUUUUAUACUUGAAAUACUGGAAUAAAAAAAUCCAACAACAAAAUACCCUCCUUCCUUUCAUGAUUUGACCUUGACACCUGUUAACACAUAGACGAGAUGGUUAACUAUGACAGUUUGCCAGUUGAACAUAUUCUGUCUUAACCUCAUCAAUGAUUUAGCAACAUGGGCAUGAACUUAGGUUUAUUUUUGUAACAACAGUUAUUGAUGAGGUUUCAGUGUGCAGUGCUACUUUGUGGCAGUUCUCAUCUGUAGUACUUCUGGAAAUUAUUUGCUACUCUUGUUUUUUGUCACAUGUACAAAUUCACAGCAAUAAAUUGUUUUG